AUGUAUUAUCCUGACGUUGCAGCAGCCGAUGAUCUUCCAUCGUCGGAGGUGAGUAUCGUACUGCGUCUCGCAGUAUUUAUUGGGGGGGGGGGACUUGACGGUCACGUUGAUGGGCUUUAUCUUCACAGACGACACCAGGGAGGACGGAAGAGGCGGAGUCGAUGAUCUUGCCUCCGCAGGGAGCGAUGUUUUAACUCUGGGCUCUUUGCUACUACUCUGGUGGGGUAUGGGUUCUGAGCCGAUUAAGUGGGAGAUGGUUUCUUCAAAAAACGAGUUGUACUCGGGAGUCUUCCGGUUUGUGACGCAAACUCGUCGCCAGCUGAAAUGAUUACAUUAGAACUAAUGGGGUCGUAGGAGUUAAAUAAACCGCACUAUUACGUGAGAGGGGUGAGUAUAGUUACGAUAGACCACAGCGGGUGUGAACGGUUAAGACUCGCUGUUUGAGAGUGAGGGAGGAUGGCGGAUGUGAGACGCUGCAGACUGUCGCAUAUGGAUUUGUAUGAGAGUCGACAACGACGCAGUAUGCGACCCCAUCCAAAGUGCAGACGAUAAGUCAUCGUGUUUUACGGAACGGGUGGAAGUAGGGGUUAUAUGGGUGAGACUAAUGGAUGAGAAAGAGUAGUGAAACAUGAUGAAGUUUUGGAAAAAUGUUCAAAUUCCGUGAAUAGGUCCCAACAGAUCCAUGCGUGACCUUGGAAGUAAUCGGGGGAAUGGAAUACUAGCGAAAGGUAACACCAAAAAACCCAAGGAAGCUAAAUAUAGCCUCCGCACAGUUAGACGCCACGCUCAGAGAUCAAGGCGGCGAAAUAGCCAAUAGAAACCCGAGGACGAACGACGGCGAACCCCAUAAGAGUAAAGUGGGGACGCUGACCCUACGGCACGACAUAAUGAUGCAGAACAGCGGAACACAGGGAAGCCGCCAAGGUGGCCAGCAAAGGUAAAGUAUACAAAAUUAGCGUUUGUACCAGUCAAAAGCGAUGCAGAAUAAUGCCAGUAAAGCGUAAAGUUAUGUUGUCCUGAAAGAAGGCGAUCAGUGUGCCCAGACCAAGCAACGCUACUUCCGUAAGAAUCAGUAGGCAGAAAUAAGUGACAUGCAAAGUUGGGUCGCGUAUUGUGUCCUUUCCUGUGAGUCGACAUGACGAUUGAUACCGCCUGUAUUGGGGUGCCAAGGCACGUAAAACCCCCCAGUAUUUUGCUUUGGCCGUGAGGACCACUUCGGUAUCCUCCUAAUUGAAUCGGUGGCCACUUUCGAACUUGUGCACAGAGAUGAAGGUCAGCGAUUCAUUCGGGUGGUCCGUCAGUUUGUGCCCGUUAAUAUGAGUAUCAAGACGUCGACCCGUGUGGCUAACAUGCACGCAGCAGCAAUAAGGGCAUGGGAUGCGAUUAAUCACGCUCCUACGUUGCCCUAUGGCGGUGGGCCCCCAUUUGAGAUAAUGCUGAUUGCAACGCAGAUGUUAACUUACAACGGGGAAGAAAGACUCUGUGAUCACUUUGACCAUUCGACGCUCUGAACUGUCAUCCUAACACAACCCCAAGGAAUAGGGGACACGUAUACUUCGUCGCAUAUUUGACAAAUCUCAAAUGAGAAUGGCCCUCAGCUGUGCCAUUGAUUUAUUCGUGCAGAGUAUGGUAAGCGACUGACAGGUCGUUAUGUCUUAUGAUCGGGUCAUCGGCAAAACGCCACUUUCCCCACAGUGGGCGCGAAAUCCGAUCACCUAAUUGGCCCGAGAUUCUCACGUGGUCGGAUAGUGAAAACGAUUGGUCGGUCUCGUGCGCAACUGCAUCCGCGCUUCACCACCAUAACUGAUUUGAUCACAGUUGCUGGCUUUUGAUCGAUGUGUUGGGUCCUUCGGAUGCAUGAGUUGCUGGCGGAUUCUUGCGUGCGGCCCUUGAGCGAUCCCAAUAUCGGGUUCGCCUACCAUUCUAGUCAAUUAUUCGGACACAACAGCAAAAAGAAGUGUGACGCCUUAAUGCCUCGAUUUUGGUCCCAUCCUCAGGUCUUUUUCGCCGACUUCUCGUUCACAUUUUUGAUAAGUCCGCUAGGCAGGGUUUGAACGCAGCUGCAUUUGUACAAAACGGGGUGGCUGUUAUGAAAACGUAGAAUACGAGGGGUGCACUUCGUCUUUAUGUAAAACGUUGUUUUAAGUCUCGUAUCACCGUUUCUGAAGACAAAGACGUCUAGCAACGGCCACUGUCCGUCUUUUUCUCCCAUUGCGGAAAGAAUCCCUGAGAAUAUCAAGCUCAGUUGUUGGGGCUGGAUUUCUCGAUCCGGUCACGACCUCAGUCAGUUUCCCUGUGUGUCCAUUUCUCGGAAAUUACAGUUAGUGACCUAACUCAUGAAAUGUGUCGAAAUUUGCGAAUGGUUGCCAAUCACCAGCAUACCGACACCAUUUCAUGAGUCAAAUGUCAAUGUUAAUUAAGUACAAGUUUAAACGAAUUAAAAACGUAAAAUAAAUACUAUAGGCAGUGUUGCGUUGUUUAGAAAUGCCGAUUUAUUUUGAAAAGCGCAAUAUCCCGAAAAUGACUGAAAUGGCUCUAAUUAAGGAAAGUCCGCUUUUAGAUGUAUAGAAUAUAUUCUCAUAUCAAAAACGUAGUAAAUAUGAAUGUAGACAUAAGAUAACGUCUAAUAACAGUGUUUUAGUGAAGUUUACAUCUAAAUAUCGUUUAAUAAGUAGUGUGAUUUCAUAUAUGACGGUUUGUCAACAGCCUACAUUCUGAGUGUAGAUUCCAAAACAGUUCCAGUGAUCCGUGUUUUUUAUUUGUUUGAAGUAUAUGAGAUGGGGUUCAACAAGAGAAACUGGAUUUUGCUUGAUUUCACCGAUGGGGACGCCGUAGGAUCGAAAGUUUUCAUAAGGUGACAUGUCGUGUGGCCGGUUGGUGCCGAAUAAAUUUAAGUAGAACUGAAAAGUCAAUUUGGCAAACACGUUUUUUCGGUAACUCUUCAUCAGGCCAAAACGGUUACAUAGAAGUUUAAGUUAUGCGAAGAUCGUGAUCGUAAACUACUAUUUUGUUUGUAUAGCGAGAACUUUUCUUCCAUUAAAUUAAUUUAUACAUUUCCUUUGUUUUGGAUUACGUUGAGUUUCAGAUCGGCCUCGAAAUGUUGUUGAAUACUUCAUGAUUUUCAGUGUUUCCAUUAUCAGAUUUCAUAAGAUAGGUCACGUACUGUAUACAAAGCAGGUCUUCUUUGCUGUCACCGUUGGGGCAGUCAGUUGUUGGCCAUGAUAUUUUGCAGUACUACUGACGUCUCUAAAGUAGUACAACCGACUUGCAACGACGUUUAUCUGAAUUCACAAUUACCUCUGAUCACGUGGUUUUCAAGAUUGUAUGCGAAUUUAAUUAUAGUAAGGUAGACAUGCACGAGAUUUGCCCGGUAGUUAGACGGCUACAAAUGCUCCGACACAUCACUGCCCCCUAGGGAUGGCCGCAGCUGUGACAUGGGCAUACGCCGCAUCUACCUUAACCACGUCUCCCAGGCCAAACGUGCCCUGGUUUCAGGGUCAAGACGGCCGGAUGUGGGCGCGGGCGCGGUGACUGGAAAAAUUAAACAACAGGUCUACGCAGGCCACAAACGGCCUCCACAUCGGCUCUACGCGUGCAAGGCUUCAGCCAAGUGGUCUCACUUCUCUCACAGAGGCCACGGUAAGACAGGUGCCAUUGCGGCCAAGUCUUAUGGUCUCUUUCCUCUCUAAAUGCACCAGUCAGCUGCCUGAGCCUUCCGGUUAAUUUGUGAUGACGUUGAGUGAGAGUCUAAGUCGUGCAGUGCACAUAUGCGGCAAUAGCCGAUGGAGUUCGAAUACCCCUUGCAGCCUGAUACACUCAUACUGAUGCAAACUCCAUUAGAUCCGAUGGCAUACGGCGCAAUCCGUGUGGGUUUGCUUUUGUCUAAGCAUCGGCCUGGUCGGCCGCUUGCGAAUCCAUCGCACAUCGGCUUAAGAAUUCGACCGUUGCACCCGACGAUGUCCACCGUGUGCUCCACAGUAAGCUGAAGCAUGCGGGGUGACUGGCGCGUAAAUUAGUUCAUAAUGAGGAUAGACUUGCGCAGCAUCUGCCGCACUACCUCCUCCCCACCUGGGCCCGGUGUCAAGACAUAGUCAAGAAGACCGAGGGUGGGAGAGAGCGCAGGUGCCUGACAUGACCGGACCCGCGCCUAGGCGUACCACCACACCGUCUGGUCCAUAAUAACCACCUGAUCAGGAUUUUAACCAACAAUAAAAUGGGCCAGGAAGAGAAGGGGGACACAGGUCACUGGCGUUGGGAGGUGCCGAUGCUGGUGAGGGAGGAUAUGAUGGUGUGGUGUAGCCGGCGGCUGUCUGCCGCAGAUUGUUGAGGCUGAAUGUGUGGGCGCAGUGAGGGCAGUUGAGAGGGAUGCGGCAAGUAUAGAUUGGUGCUCCGGGCACUGGUUCGCCAGUCUCUGUGUGAUGGAUUCGCAAGGGGCCAACCAGGUCGAUGUUUGGGGCGAAGGUGCGAUCACAAUGAGCACAGGUAGGAGCCGAGUACACAUCGUUGGAGGUGAGGGUAUUGACGAUGAUGGUGGAAGGUUAUGGGACGUCGGACGUCGUCCCAUCGGUAGGGGGAGUGCGUGAUGUCGUGGUGGUGGUGGAGCUGGUUGCUGUGGCCGACGCAACGAUUGAGGCAGGGUGGAUGGUAUCGUUGACUGAUAGCGGCGGGGCAGCGGUGACGGAGGCGGCGGUCAGCGCGGGGUUUGCAUCAAGCGUAAGAUUGGGAGACGUAGACGUUGUCGAAUUGGUGGCGCACUGGGUUCAAAGGUGCCCCACGAGACCGAUUCGUGCGCCGAAUGGGCGUUGGCAGCGCGGACAUGCUAGAGGCGGUUGACGAUUGGCAUUAAGGAGGCGAGGCACUUGUAACUUGCGAGUCUCCCUGUUGGCUUUGACGGCAGGGAUCCAAGUUACUUUAUAGAUGGCGAAGCCAGUCUUUAAUUCUCUUUGCCAUGUCGAUCUGUUCUGGGCGAGGUCCUCCAAGUUCCCUGGGUUGAUCUGCAGCCGCUUCAGGGAGUCCUUCAAAGUGUCCUUGUAGCCUUGUCUUUGUCCUCCUGGUGUACAACUACUCGUGGCGCCAUCACCAAAGAGGAGUUGUUUCGGUAGACAUGUGUCUUCCAUCUUCACUAGAUGGCCGCUCCAACACAGCUUCAGUUGCCUCAACAUGGCGUGAAUGCUAAGGAUUCCUGUCCGUUCUAGGAUUUCCGUGUCGGGGACCCUGUCUUACCAUCUUAUCUUUAGUAUUCUGCGAAGGCAGCUGAGAUGGAAGUGGUUGAGUUUCUUGGCAUGGAUAUGGAAGACGAUCCAGGUCUCCAAUCCGUCGAGAAGUGUCGUCAGGACGACGAAGCUGUACAUCUUCAGCUUGGUAUUCAGUUGGAAGCUGUGAAGAUUUCGCACGGAGUUCUGCAGCCGGCCGAAGGUUUGGCUGGUUUUGAAGAUCUAGUGGGUCACUUUGUCGUCGAUUUUGGUGCUGCCGGAGAGUGUGCUUUCGAGAUAAGCUAA